AUGAGGCGCUGGAGGGGCGAGGCCACACUCAUUAAGGCGUCAAGGACCAUCGGGGAGGUGGUUGUGGGUCCGAGGGUGUGGCUGCUGCGGAUGGAAAGCACCAAGGUGACAUCUGUGGAAAGGAAGAAUGUUACAGAGAAGAAUGAUGGACUUCAGAAAGUUGAACGAACUGAGGAAAUAAAGGAGAUUAUGCCCGGCAAUAUAACGAAUGAAGUUUUAGUAAAACAGAAGGAAGAACAACUUUCUCCACAGAAUAGCACUAUUGUGACAUCUGUGGAAACGAAAAAUGUUACAGAAAAGGAUGAUGGACUUCAGAAAGUAGAACGAACAGAAGAAAUAAAGGAGAUUUUGCCCGGCAAUAUAACGAAUGAAGUUUUAGUAAAGCAGAAGGACGAACAACUUUCUCCACAGGAAAGCACCAAGGUGACAUCUGUGGAAAGGAAGAAUGUUACAGAAAAGGGUGAUGGAAAAGAUGUCGAGAAAGAAACUGUAAUUCAAAAAGAAGUCGAAAAGAAUGUGUGUGAUAGCGACAUCAAAGAGGUUCGUAACGAAAAACAUCUUAAUGAAACAAUUGAAGACUUGAAACACCAAGUUGAUGACGUGAAAAACAAGAUUAAGGAAGAAAAAGCAAAGGCUGAAGAAACAAAUGCUACGCGUAGCCUAUUCGAACCAAGUGCUGCCCCUAUCAUUCAAGAAGGUAAAGUCGUUGAAAAGAUAGUCCCUGCUGUGACGCCGGCGAAGGUUGCUGAAAAGAUUCCCCCCACGGUGACGGAAGGAAAAGUCCCCGUUGUGACAAAAGAGAAGGUUGUUGAGCAGGCUGCCCCUUCGGUGACAGAGGAGAUCGUAAGUGUCUCUAAGGAGCAAGAAGAAGUCCCUGUUGUGGCAGAAGAGAAGAAGGUUAUUGAAAAGAUUCACCCUGCGAUGACGGAAGGAAAAGUCCCGGUAGUCCCUCAACAGGAGGUUGUUGAAAAAGUUGCCCCAUCGCCGACAGAGGAAAAAGUUAAUGUUGUGACACAAGAAAGGGCUAUUGAGCAGAAUGCCCCACAAGAAAGGGCUAUUGAGCAGAAUGCCCCACAAGAAAGGGUUAUUGAACAGGUUACCCCGCAAGAAAGGGUUAUUGAAGAGGUUGCCCCACAAGAAAGGGUUAUUGAGCAGAAUGCCCCACAAGAAAGGGUUAUUGAACAGGCUGUCCCACAAGAAAGGGCUAUUGAGCAGAAUGCCCCACAAGAAAGGGUUAUUGAACAGGCUGUCCCACAAGAAAGGGUUAUUGAAAAGGUUGCCCCACAAGAAAGGGUUAUUGAGCAGAAUGCCCCACAAGAAAGGGUUAUUGAACAGGCUGCCCCACAAGAAAGGGUUAUUGAACAGGCUGUCCCACAAGAAAGGGUUAUUGAACAGGCUGUCCCACAAGAAAGGGCUAUUGAAGAGGUUGCCCCACAAGAAAGGGCUAUUGAACAGGCUGUCCCACAAGAAAGGGCUAUUGAAGAGGUUGCCCCACAAGAAAGGGCUAUUGAACAGGCUGUCCCACAAGAAAGGGCUAUUGAAGAGGUUGCCCCACAAGAAAGGGUUAUUGAACAGGCUGUCCCACAAGAAAGGGCUAUUGAAGAGGUUGCCCCACAAGAAAGGGCUAUUGAACAGGCUGCCCCUACGGCGACAGAAGAGAUUGCCACUGUUUCUAAAGAGAAAGAAGAAGUCCCUGUUGUUGUAACAGAGGAAAAGGUUCCCGUUGUGACAAAUCAGACAGUUGUUGAAAAGAUUUCCCCCACGGUGACGGAAGGAAAAGUCCCCGUUGUUAAAGAAGAGAAGGUUGUUGAGCAGGCUGCCCCUUCGGUGACAGAGGAGAUCGUAAGUGUCUCUAAGGAGCAAGAAGAAGUCCCUGUUGUGGCAGAAGAGAAGAACGUUAUUGAAAAGAUUCACCCUACGAUGACGGAAGGAAAAGUCCCGGUAGUCCCUCAACAGGAGGUUGUCGAAAAAGUUGCCCCAUCGCCGACAGAGGAAAAAGUUCAUGUUGUGACACAAGAAAGGGCUAUUGAGCAGAAUGCCCCACAAGAAAGGGUUAUCGAAAAGGUUGCCCCACAAGAAAGGGCUAUUGAACAGGCUGCCCCUACGGCGACAGAAGAGAUUGCCACUGUUUCUAAAGAGAAAGAAGAAGUCCCUGUUGUUGUAACAGAGGAAAAGGUUCCCGUUGUGACAAAUCAGACAGUUGUUGAAAAGAUUACUCCUUCCGUAGCGGAAGAAAAAGUUGUCACUCAACGGGAGGUUGUUGAGAAGGGUGCCCCCUCUGUCAACGAAAGCGUAGUUUCCAUUCCAAAGAGGGAGGAAGGAGUAGUUGAAAGAAUUGCUCCUGUUGUAUAGAAUGCAAUUACAACAGAGUAGUGAUACCAUGUUGCUGUUUCUCUUAUCUAUUUCAU